AUGGAAUUCUUGAAGGAUUACGAUUGUACGAUCCAGUACCACCCCGGGAAGGCAAAUGUUGUGGCUGAUGCAUUAAGCAGGAAAAGGCCUGCUCUGAUCGCUAAUUUGAUGGCCCGGGAGUGGGGACUGGUGGAGGCUUUUAGCCAUUUGUCAGUGGGCACGAUUCCUAAAAGAACGUCCGUCUACGUCGCUGGCCUAGUGGUUCAUUCCCAUCUGGUGGAACAAAUCCGACAAGCUACUCUGGAAGACACGAGGGUGAAGUUGUGCGUAGAUGACCGGGGAAGGGUCAAAAACCCUAACUUCAGUUUUUCUAAUGGUAUAUUACGGUUCAUGGACCGAAUAUAUGUGCCCAGGGUCAAGGAAUUGAGGCAAACCAUUCUGGGAGAGGCGCACCGAGCCAAAUAUGCUAUCCACCCUGGUGCUACCAAAAUGUACAGGGACUUGAGAAAUUUGUACUGGUGGCCGGAAUGA